GUUCGCCCCGACCACGCGUCGCGUAGCGUAACUAUAGCCUCAGCCUUAUAAUGUUUACAAUAUUAUUAACAAGUUUCGAAACAAACAUCAGACUUUCUAAAGAACAUUAUAAAUAAACUAAAUUACAUAAAAACUUUGUUCUCUGUAUUAACUGUUACGUUUCAUCUUUUGUUUUUAUAAAAGAUACUUUUAAAUUUAUUCAUGUUUGACUUAUUUAAACUAUAGAUUUUUGUACAGAAUGUAUUCCGACCCUUCUUGUUACGACAGCGAUGUGGCCAUCGGCACUUGUCAUAACGGAAAGGGGACUGUGAAUUUGGCAUUUUGCAAAGAGACAAAUAAGCCGGUCGUGUUGAAAAAGUUUUAUCUAGACAGUGCAGAGCAAGAAGAUUACAAUCUCAUUGAACAAGAAAUUGUCACGAUGAGACAAAUGCAGCAUCCAAAUAUUUUGCCUUAUCUUUCUGCUUUUGUGAGCGGACAUUCUUUGUGUGUUGUCUCGCCUUUGAUGGUUUACGGAUCUUGCAGCGAUUUAAUCAACGAGUACUUCCCCGAAGGACUUCCGGAAUUAGCAAUAGCCUAUAUUUUGAGGGAUGUUUUAGAGGGACUCGAGUACAUUCACAAACGUGGCUUGAUUCACAGAGCAAUAAAAGCAAGUCACAUACUAAUAUCAGUUUUGGGCCAAGCUUGCAUAUCGGGAUUAAAAUACUCGUGUGAAAGAACGGAACAUGGGAAAUGGCAGAGGAAUAUCUUCUCUUUCCCAAAAUCGACAGCACCAAAUCUGAAAUGGUUGAGUCCAGAAUUAAUUGAGCAGGAUCUUCACGGAUAUAAUGAGAAAUCCGACAUCUACAGCAUCGGAGUGACGAUAUGUGAAUUGGCAAACGGAGUUGUUCCAUUUUACGACAUGCCCGAGACUCUAAUGUUGACAGAAAAAGUUCGUGGCUGUGCGCCUCACAUAAUCGAUCGUUCAACUUUUCCACGUGACCCGGAAGAUCUAGAUAAUCCGGAAAUAAAACCAUUAAACGGUGACGCAAGUCACAGUAGUCUUAACUCGAUGGAUAAGCGAGUGGAAUCAUUAUCAACUCGGAAAUUUUCCGAGCCUUUCCAUUCACUCACGGAAGUUUGUUUGCAACGCAAUCCCAAAAACCGGCCUUCCGUCUCGCAGCUCAUUUCUCAUCCAUUUUUCAAGCAGUGUAAAAAAAAUGACGAAACACUGAUAGAUAUUCUCAAAAUUGUUACGCCGAUUCACCAAAGAAAGAUUGAAUCCGCUGCCGGAGAUGAAAAUAUGACCGUUUCAGUUCAACAGUUACGAAAUCUGGAUUUGGAAACCUGCCAAUGGGAUUUUGACAACACCUGAGUUACAGCUUUAAAAACGAAGAGACUCGAUGCACUGAAAAUUGAGAGACUUUUAAAUUAUGUAUUGGCAGUUGUAUGAAUACAUUUUUUUUUAUCGUACAUAUAUUAUAGAGAUGAUAUAAAUUGUAAAUAGGAAAUUGGUUUCUAUAUUUUAUACUAAAACUACAAUACAAUUUAAUGUCUGCUUAAAUCUUCCUAUAAACAGUCUCUUAGGCUUAGACUUGAUAACCUUUCCUGAAAUUGAUAUCAUUAGAUAACUAGAAUGAGGUAUUUAUAUCACCUGUAAGUUGUUUGUUACUGCUUCGAAAUAUGAAAACAAAAACCAAACCUCUAAUCA